CACGUAGUCUUUAUCUUAUGGUUGCUCUGCACUGCAGUCUGCACUGGCUGCUUGAAAAGGUUUGGUUGAUUGAAACUAUUAUUAAACUUUCGUCAACGGAUGACUGUCUAGCUAGAACACAAUAAUCAUUUGCAAGAUAGUAGUAUUGAGCUCUCUCCUCGGCCUCUUCUUGCUUUGCUUUGCUGGAAGGUGACGCUGUCAGUGGCUGCACAGGUCACCUACUGCAUACUAGCUCUAAUAAAAUAAUUCGCCUCUUGAGCACCAAAGUCAGUGAGAGGCUAUUGGAGAGGAGCGAGUGGCCGUGGGUGCAUUGCUACUAGUAAAAAAUCCACUUGCCAGCUCUCUUAGAAAUGGAUUAUGGCCUGGAGGACAGCGAGCCCGAGGAUAUUGAACUGGAUGACGAUGAUGAUGACGACGACGAAGGUGUAUAUGGUGACAAUGCCUUGUGUGGAGAAGAGACCGUAGACUCCGCUGGCGUUCUGCAGAAUUUCACGGUGCUGAGCAAGGAUGACAUUGCUCAGAACAUGGUGGAUAGCAUAAAGGAAGUGAACGAAAUUUUCGAGGUUGAUCCUUUGACUGCACGUGCCUUGCUUGUGCACUUCAAAUGGGAUAAGGAGAUGCUGCUAGAAAGAUACUAUGAGGGAGAUCCCAGCAAGCUGAUGUCAGACGCGCACAUAGUCAUUGCUCCUAAAGUGACAAGACCUUGUUCCUCGUGUGAUAUUUGCCUUCUGGAUGUACCUCCGUCGGAAAUGAGCUGUCUGCCGUGCGGGCAUACUUUCUGCAAUUCAUGUUGGCGUCAGUAUCUAACAACAAUGAUCAUGGAACUCGGCGUUGGUCAGCGGAUCUCCUGUGCUGGUCAUGGGUGUGAAGUGUUGAUGGACGAGUUCACUGUAAGCAACUUGUUAGUAUCCUCUGCUGUCAAGCAAAAAUACAACUUUUUGAUGUCCAAGAAUUUCGUUGAGGCGAACCGACUGAUGCAGUGGUGCCCAGCGCCAGGGUGUACCUACGCCAUCCGUUGCUCAGAGCGUGAUGCGCGGCGAGUGCGAUGCAAGUGUGGCCGUGUCUUCUGCUUCAGAUGUACGCAACCAGCGCAUGAGCCAGUUAGAUGCGAUUAUCUGGCAAAAUGGCUGAAGAAAUGUGCAGACGACAGUGAAACUUCACAUUGGAUACAUGCAAACACCAAGGAAUGUCCCAAGUGUAAAGCAACCAUUGAGAAGAAUGGUGGCUGUAACCACAUGGUGUGCCGGAAUCAAGCGUGCAAGGCCGAGUUCUGUUGGGUAUGUCUGGGCGCAUGGCAGCCGCACGGCGCAAGUUGGUACAACUGCAAUCGUUAUGCAGAGAAGGAUGCUGAAGCAGCGCGGGGGUCCCAGGAGGAGUCUCGAAAAGCUUUAGAACGCUACUUAUUUUUUUGCGACCGCUAUCUGAACCAUUUGAGAAGUGAGAAUCUAGAGAAAAAGCUAUACACGGCAGUCAAGCAGAAAAUGGAUGAGGUCCAGAACAGCGGCCUCCCAUGGAUCGACUCCCAGUUCUUGGUACAGGCUGUGGAUGUCCUAUCUCGGUGCCGUGCUGUGCUGAAGUACAGCUAUGUCUUUGCCUACUAUCUGGAAAAGAACAAUCAGGCGCAGAUCUUCCUCGACAAUCAAAAGGACUUUGAAAUGGCCACAGAAGCGCUGUCCGGCUUCUUAGAGCGGGACAUUACUGGUACCAAUCUCGCCAUGAUCAAAUCUUCCGUUCAAGACAAGUCUCAGUACUGCCGGUUACGAUGCACCAAGCUACUUGAUCACGUCAAUGAAGGUUACGAGAAAGACUGGUGGGCGUAUGUCAAUCCUGAUUCACGUCAAUGAAGGUUACGAGAAAGACUGGUGGGCGUAUGUCAAUCCUGAUUGAAGUUACCCUACAAUUAAUCAUUGUGGUGCCCUUCCUUGCCCCCUCCCAUCAAAAAUCAUAGUUCUGCUGAUACCCUUCCAUUGUAUUCUCUUACUAUCUGCACAGCCAAGCACCCAUCCAUGACCACACAGACACGCCUGCACAGCCAAGCACUGCCCUUGCGCACCUCGACCGCUCUCAUCAUCAUCAUCAUCAUUGUCAUCUCUCUCUCCUCUCUCUCCUCUCUCUCCCUCUCCCGGAGACGCAGUGUGUACAAUUAUGCUGGCCACAUACUAUAAUCACACAAGCCGUGCUGGGAGGGGCUUUCUACGUUAACUUGAAAGCAUGCCUGACAAGUGUAUCAUAAUUAUAAUUAUUAUUAGCAUCGGUCAUGAAACCCACACAAAAUCAUACUCUUAGCUCCGCUCUAUCGAGGCUGUCUUGUGUCCACUAGUACUCAUGCCUCUCUUAGCUGAUUUUAUUUGCGUUCCAUUGAAUUUCUCGUCAGCUGCUGGGCACGCCUUGUCGCGAGCGCGCGCGUGCAUACUCUUCUUUGAUCCGCCUAUCCCGUUGCUAACACCUUCAGUCUCCUAAGCAUGUGUGUCAGGAAGAUGCUCUGGUCGACCUUCAUUUAGUGUGUGGCACUGCUGUUCCUUUCUUUUUAUUGCCUCGACGGCUCCAGCUGGUUUGUUUUGCUGUAAGAUGUAGGGAGACUUAACUUGACACCUACAUGUACUGUACAAGGUUUAACUGUUAAUACUUCACAGAAACAACCAUACCGACCACUACUCUUAUUAUUAUAACGUUAUUCUUUUACGCCAGGUACACGUGCUUCUCAGUUCUCAUGAAUCAUGCAUAUAUCACUUUUGUGUGUCUAAAUAAAGUUUGCGAGUGGGAAAAGCGGAAUUCAA